UCAGGUACCUCUCAAACCCUUAUUAUAAUUUGAUUUUCCCUCUCCUCUUCCAACAGUCCCAGCCACAACUCUUUCCAAACCCAUCAUACCCAUCUUCAACUUCUCUAUGUUUCUGUAACUAUCCUAGUUCAUCCUUGUUUUCCUCAAAUAGGUCACCUUCUGUCUCAAAACACAUGGGUUUUACUGGAUGUAAUGGUAGGUACAAUGGUCAUAAUAGUCAAAGUUUGAAUCUUUAUUUCUUCAAGUCAAAUAUUCAUGGUUAUCUUCGAGGUUACAAGACACCAUCCUUUAAUGUUUAUAAGGAAAUGGGAACUGGUAGGGUCAGACCAAGGGCAAUGCAAAAGCAAGUAGGAUAUAUUAUUGAUUUGAUUAAGAGGGAUGAGUAUGAUUUGGAGUACAAGUUGGGUUCUUUGAGUGUAAAGCUAUCUAUUGCUUCUGUGACUCUGGUUUUUCAUGUCUUGAAUAGUGAAAAGGUGUCUGCUUUGCGUUUCUUUCGUUGGAUUAGACAUUGGCAGCCUGAAUUGAGAUGUAAUUCUGAUAUUUGUAGCUUGGUUAUUGACAAUUGUGGGCGUUUAGAUGAUUAUGAUGCUAUGAGGAGUCUUUUAAAUGAUUUUAACGAGAACCGGUUAUGUCUAACCAAAAAGGCAUUCGAAUUCUUACAUGUUAUGAAUGUUACAAAUGAGUCCUUGGUGGAAUCCACACAGAGAGUGAUUGACUUGUUGCGUGAAGUUAGAGGGUCUUGUCAUGGUUGGGUUCCCUCAUUGAUCGAAAUGUUCAGUGUUUUGGGAUCCUUUGACAUGGUUGAGUUUGUGAUGAAGAAAACUGAGAGGAAGAUUUCUUAUUACUAUAUUUUUAUCAGGGAAAUGUGUCGGAGAUGUGAUUUUAAAGGGGUGAGAGAUAUUCAGGAUGAGAUGAGGAAAGAGGGCUUUGAACUGAAUUCCCGAAUUUACAAUUAUCUAAUUAGCUGUUUGCUUAAGAACGGUGAAUAUGAUGAUGCUUGCAAGGUAUUGACGGAAAUGCAGGACAAGGACUGCCCUCCUGAUGCAUUAACCUUUGAAAUUUUUGUAUAUUACUGCUGCAAGAACGGCAAGACUGAAAUUGCAUGUCACUACUUUGAUGAGAUGGUGGCAAGGGGUCUUGAACCUCGGCUUUCAACACAUGCUGCCUUUAUCAAGGGUUUUUUCAACUCUGAGCAAUAUGAGGAGGCAUAUAAGUACGUGGUUGAUUCAGAUAAGAAGUACAAGUGCACAAGCUGCAUGAAUUACAGCUUGCUUGCGAGGCUUCAUCAGAAAAGAGGAAAUCUGGUGAUUGCCCAAAAUAUUCUUUCUGAAAUGAUCAAGAAAGGUCUUAGACCAUAUUUUAAAGUGUAUAUGAAGGUUUUCAACUGCCUCAAUAAAUCCGGCAGGGAAACGCUAGCCAUAGAUUUGCAAGAGCAGUUUCAUCAGCUUCAUUCAAAGGCUUAGUAAGCAUGUAGGAGCAUUUUCAGCUGAAACAGUAAGGAUUUUACUCUCAGAUUUGUCGGUAAGAAUUUAUAGAAGUUUUUACUUUCAAACUUC